AUGUUUCAUUCAUCAGCAAAUAGUAAAAUUUGCAAUGAUUAUCCAGUAAUUGCCGGAGUUGAUGAAGCCGGUCGCGGAGCCUUAGCUGGACCAAUAAUAGUAGCAUCCGUUGUCUUACCAGCCGAUGGUAAAGAAGAUAAAAAUGUUGUGGUGGAGCCAGGAAGCACUGUUGAUUUUAAGGUUGAAUUAGCCAAACCAGUAACUAUUGAGGAAAAGAAAAAUUUUGUUAUUCGCGAGGGGUUAGUAUUAACCGGCAAUGAAAUAAAGUCUCUCCGUAGCCAUCAGGCUUCAAUCGGCGAGGCUUAUGUUUCACCGCAGCAAAAGGAAUUAUACGUUAUCAACAUGAAUAUUGCAACUUAUAAAUAUUCCUAUGCUGGUGAUUUAGCAAAAACUGAUACUAGAAAAAAAAGAAAGUUGCUACUCAAAAGGAGAGAAAUAAAUAAAUUAAUUGGCACUAUGAAAGCCAAAAGUUAUGUCCUUAUUCCGUUACAACUUUUUACUAAUGAUAAAGCCAAAAAUUUUCUUCAAAGUAAUUUGCUAAAUAAGUUUCAAGAGGUCAAAAAAGAAGUAAUUCAAUUUAUUGCUGAUAAAGGCUAUAAUCACAAGGCCUAUUUGACUAACCAGUCUGAGAUAGACCAACUCUUUGCUCAAACAAGUUCAGAACAAAGACCACAAGAACCUACUUGGAAAAAGCCCGAAACUGUUUUAAAAAUCGAAUAUCAUUCAAAUAAAAGUGACGAAUAUCCUCCACCCCAUACUUAA